AUGACAGAAUCAUUCAAGAAUAUGUUGAAAGAACAAAGUACCGACUUUAGUAGCCUGCGCGAGGAGUUUAACGAGGUUAAAAAACAGUUAUCUGGAUUCGAAAAAACUACAAAUAAGUAUUCGCAAGAGUGCGCAAGCAUAAAAAGUGACGUUACUAAGCUAUUAAACCUUGAUGUCGAAACAAAAACGAAGUUAUCAACUCUAGAAAAGGACCUCUCAGAUGCUAAGGUUAACAUUAGCUCGUUAACAGACCAGCUGCGUACGAAAGAACAACAAGGUCGCUUAAAUAACCUUGAGAUUUCUGGCGUAACUUUCAAUAAAGGUGAAAAUCUGUACAACAUACUGAAUGCUAUCGCGUCAAAAGUAAACUUUUCCCUGUCCCCGAACGAUGUCGACUACAUACAUCGCGUCCGGCGGUACCCGCAGCAAAACCAAAAUCCGGACAGCAACGAUGCAUCGAAACUAUCCUCCGACACCCCAAAUAUCAUUGUUAGGUUCACCCAACGAAAGCGCAAGAACGACCUUCUGGCGAGCGUGCGGGCCCGCCGCGGCCUCACCACCGCCGACCUGGGCCUGGACGGCCCCGCCCGGCCGGUGUUCGUCAACGACCACCUAGCACCUCAAAACAAAAUAUUAUACAGCCAAGCUCGCAAGAUGGGUCGUGAAAUGGGUUACAAAUAUAUUUGGCUUAACGAUUGCAAAAUAUUUUUACGCAAAAAUGAUAACUCUAAGGUAUUACACAUAUCCCGCGUAGACGACAUAUCAAAAAUAAAAUGA